CUCUGGUUGCUAUGGAGUCAGCGUCCCUUCCGCGCACGGUUGCUAGCUAAUGGAUGUCGCAGUCAUAUCGAGGUACUGUAGAAGAUCAUGAGAUUUUUUUUCAAUAAUUUGGUAUUGGAUUGUGACCUUUGGAGCAAGGAUGACAGCACCCGUUUAGAUGUUAUCUUUGUUAUUGAGAAGAGUGACGGCGAGAAUAAGAUCUCGUAUGCAGAACUGUUGCUGCUGCUAGCAUAUCAUCGAACAGUUGUUCACUUCAUUUUCGUCGGUAAUGAACACGCUGGAAUCAGCCAAAUCUUUAGUAGAAAAACAGAAACAUUCAGCUACCAAGAAGUGCAAAUUGUUUUUUAUGUGUGGUUUAAUUAACAACUUGUGGAUACUCAGAUGAGUUCCAAGGAGGAAGACAGAAUGGGGGACAUUUUAGCCACUGAAGCCAAUCUGCUUGGGAUGAUCAUGGAGUACCUCAAGGUUGAACAGUUUGAUACCACAGUAAACAGUUUUGACAUGGAGUGCAAAAGUAAAGGAAAACUUGUGUCCAAACCUCAAGGAAAUGCGCUGAGAGACGUAAAGACUCACAUCGUCCAGAAAGAUCUCCUCGGUUCUUUCGAUGAUGGAGCCCAUAAGGUGUUUUUUCAGUUGUGGGAAGAAAAUAUUGAUACUGGUCUAGUUUGCACCGAUACUGAGGCCCAAAAGCUGGAGUUCUAUCUUUAUAUCCAUUUUACCAUCUACCCACUGAGAAGCCAUUCUGAAAGACAAGACCAGGCGGAGUUUGAAGAGAGAAUUUCUUAUUUCAAAAUAUACUUGGAGACAUGUGGAAGAGCACUGAGUCAAACCACCGAGUUUCUGCCUUAUUAUGCUUUGCCUUACGUGUCCAACCCCACCAAUCAUCCCUUCUUCAAGGAUCUCUUUCAGGAAACCUGGGUACCAAAGUUGAAGAAUAAACUUCAAGAGUUUUUGUCCAUGACUAUGAAGCCUCCAAACUGCCCGAGACUGCUAACAUUAUAUAAGGAGGGUGGAAAAAGCUCAAAAGAAGCUCUGCAGCAACUCGAGGUGCAGCUGCUUGAGUCAGAGCGCCGUGCCACCUCCUUCAUGCGCAAGUUCAACAAGAUGCAAGCAGACUACUACCAGCUCAUUGGCAUCACAGCUGAGCUGGUUGACACCUUGAAGGCCUCCAUCAGUGGAAAAAAUAUAUCGGCCGAGUACCUGCAAAGUGUGUGUGCUCGCCUGUUCGGCAGGCAGAUAAGGCAGAGCACAGUGCAGAUGACUGACCUUACCAGGCCUGGCACUGGAUAUUACUCUCUGAGUCCCUAUGAUGAUGCUUCCUCAAUACUUCAAGCAUCCAUUGCACCAUAUAGACAUAAGGAUGUGCCAAUGCUGCCAUCUCUGGAUUAUGUGAAACUGAAAAAGGACCUGCUUGAAGGAUCAGACCGUCUAAAGUCACUUUUGCUUCAGGCGCUGCGCUGGAGACUUACUCGCUCACUUCCUGGUGAACAGAGGGACACUGCGCUUCAAGCUUACAUAACCAAUGAUCUAUUGGAACAGUACAGUACCAAGCAGGAAACUGUGCUUCAGUUACUGACUUCAAAGAACGAAAUGGUGAGGCAGUACAUGGCUCGUCUCAUCAAUACGUUUUCCUCCUUUGUAGACGGUCGAGUUUACCUCUCCCAAAUCCCAUCACUUCUAAAACUCCUGAUGCAAACACUCAGGGAGGAGAAGGACUCCUUGACCAGAGAGAAUGUGCUGGUGGCUCUGCAGAAACUCAGCCUCAUGAGGAGCCAGCAGACAGUCAUGAUUGAAGAUGAUCUGAUUGGCUGGCUGGUGGAUGAAUUGGAUGACUCGGACUGUCUGAGCGAUUACACUCUGGAGUAUUCUGCAUCUCUUCUCAUGAACUUGUGCUUGCGAACAAAAGGAAAAAUGAAGUGUGCAGAAAAUGCCAAACAUGUGCUCAGUGUACUAACUAACCUCCUCGGACAUGACAACCACGAGAUUCCUACAUAUGUGAAUGGAGCCCUGUACAGCAUCCUGAGUAUCCCCUCCGUGAGACAGGAAGCAAAAGAAAUGAGUGUGGAGGAGAUCCUCUGUUGCUUCUGCAAGGAGGAUAAUCCAGUUCUUCACAGACAGAUUGGCUGUAUAAUUAAGCAGCUCAACUCAGUGGAUACAGAUGGACCAGAAUUAGACGAUGACGAUGACGAGGAUGAGGAUGACUAUGACGAAGAUGUAAUCGAAUCGGACCAAGAUAAAGAUGAAGUCCUUCAGGCAAAGCCCAGUGAGCUGUCUGGCGAAGGUCUGCUCACUACAGAGUACCUGGGUAUUAUUACCAACCUACCCAAAGUGAAGAAGAAGUCGAGCCCGCAGCACCAACCAAGCAUAGAUGAGCCUCUACAGCGACCGGUGACCCCAAGCUCCCAUCGUAAAACAAAUGUUGUGAAUAACUAUCCAGGUAUCCAGGGUGGCAUCAUUGACCGAGAAGUGGAAUCCCCUCACCUUGGACACAGGAGCGAGAAGGCAAACUCCCCUCUUCCCAAGAGCGAUUCUCGACCUCACACGAGCUCUGGCAAUCGCCCACACACGGCCGAUUCCCUGCAUCAAAGCCUGGACUUGGAGUCCGGCCGGCAAGUCAAGGCUUCUGACGUUGAGCACUCCUAUGAGGUGCGAGUCCGAAAAGGAGCCCUCAGAGAGAAACACAAUGGACAUUUUGCAAGUGGAGAUUCAAUAAAAGGGUUCACAAGCAGGCCUAGGUUACCACGGACUCCUGACUCAGGAGACAUUCUGAGAAACACUGCAUUUAGUCUGGCGCCCAAAUUUUCUCAGGCUGAACCCCAGCAGUGCAACCGGUGCUCCACAAGCUCCACGAGCGGAGGGAAACAACAAAGUAGAGCUUCAUCCCUCACCUCCCAGUCUCCCCCUUCAGGCAGCCAGUCAACACGGAGGUGAAGAGGCCGCUGUCACCACGGCAAAGAUCUAUCUCCCCCGGCACAUCACACUUCCUGUAACAUCAUCCUUCCAGGUUUUGAUCAGGGUCAGGGUAACGAGGGGAGGCGAAGGGGCUCGAACAAUGCAAAGGAUUGUGAUCUUGCUUUUUUUUUUUCCCGGCUUCAGCACAGACAUUUGUAACCCGAUAUGGGGUCAGACAAUAAUCACAUCCCCCAGCCGGCCAACCCCGGUGCUCGUUGCGACCUCGUUUGGCCCUCAAUUCUCUGCUCUGUCUUUCUUUCUCAACAAGGUCACUUGGCAUACUCGAAUAUGCGGAACCUCCUGACACUAUGACAGAACUGAUAAGUCUUAGUUUUAAAACUGGAGGGAAGCCCAAUGUUCAGCCUACUGGUACUUUAUAAGGGACCAUGGCAAAACAAAGAGCUGUGACAUUAAUGGUAAAUUGUUAGCCUUUGGUUUGAUUGUGAUAUCCGGCGAACCUUUCUCUCCUACCACACCUGCACUUGGUCAUGUGGGCAUUUUGCAGCUUACAUAAAGGAAAAAAAAAUUCUUUAUUUUAUGAUCACAAGUGAAACAUUAGCUCUACCAGGAACUAUUUGUUUAAUUUUUCAUCAUAUUUCCAACAAGGUAUGAGGAAGUACUUGUCGUAUAAAUCACACUGGUUUAAAGUGCUGUGUCAUGACCCAGAAAAAAAUUCAAUGUGUUUUCUGAAUGAGUUAAGCAUUUAUGCUGUCACAAAACAAUGAAUAGUUAAUAACUGAUCUUUUUUUAAACAAAGAUCAGUUUGGUCAGCCAAUGGCUGUUUUAUGUACAUUAUGAUAUUGUAAUUGUAGCAUGCUGUCAAUCAUUAUUGCAUCGCAACCAUCAGAAAUUUAUGAUCAUAGAAAUGGAUUUCGCUCUAUGUUCAGUGUGACCCUCACUAGUCUAAAUACUGUUUUCAGAUUAAUGUUGCUUUUCUGUGAAUUAAGCAGCAAAACAAAUUCCAUCACUGAAAAUGACAUCAGUUGCUCAGGGCUCAGGUAACCAAUCACAGCUCACCUGUUAACUAUUUGGUCAUGUGGCUAUGAAUGAAUGUGUACGUAUUAGUUGGUAUUUGGGUCACAACAACCAGUCGCAACUUCAUGAAUCUAUUAUCUAUUGCAUUAUCAGAUUAAUUGCCAUUUUGAUUGACAUCUUAUUGGAAACUACACUGCUACUUUCUAGUUGUAUGAUCUUUUUAAAUGUUUAUUUCUAGAUCCGUGGCAAUGUUUACGCAGCACCCCCCC